AAAGACACUAACGUGGGCAGGAAGUUCACUGCGUUCGAGGAAAACGUGUCCAACCUCAGCGCGUCAGUGUUCUCGGAAUUGCAAGGAUCGAAAGUUGUCGACACAGACAUGCAAGCAGAGAUAAAGAAACUUCAAUCAUCGAUCAUGAACGCUGAGUCGCAGCUGACCUUCGUCGGGAAGGCAGCGAGUGUUAUAGAUGAGCUGGAGACUCUCAAGUCGACUGUGUUUCUGCUCAACUGCAACCUGGAGAAACUGAUGAAUAACAUCACGGCUUCACAGUCGAAAGCCUGCUGCCCGGAUGGCUGGGUCUUUCGCUCCAUGAGCUGCUAUCUCUUCUCCAGCAGCGGGAUGGAAUGGCAUGCAGCCAAAGACGACUGCCGCUCGAAGCAGGCGACGCUAGCAGUGAUCAACGACCGCACCGAAUGGAAUUUUAUCAGCAGCAGGACCAUCCCGACAUACUAUUGGAUCGGGCUGACGGAUGAACAGACCGGGCGCUGGGAGUGGGUCGACGGGACACCCUUCAUAGUGGAUCCCAAGGAGUGGAUGCCGGGACAGCCGGACGACUGGAUGAACCACGGCCUGGGCGGAGGGGAGGACUGCGCGCAUCUCCACAGCAAUGGCAAAUACAAUGACGACCACUGCACCAGGAAGUACAGAUUCGUCUGCGAGAAGAAACUGGACUAGGGAGAGGGCUGCCUGCCUGCCUGCCUGCCUGCCUGCCUGCCUGCUCUUCCACACAACCAAACCAACCCUGCAUGUUUUCUUGACUCACAUGAACGCAGCAAGGCGGCGACGCUGCCGUGGUGGGACGAGACGGCGUGUUUUUUUUUUUGUUUUUGUUUUUUUU